CCUUCUCCAGUGGGUACCGAUAUCACUAUGACUACCACGGCAGACUGUUGGCUGGACUCCCUACUGUACAUGGUCAGUAUUCCGGACUCGAGAUUUGGGCUGACCUGAAAUUGCAUUCAGUCGCCUCUCAGUCGAAUUAUGCCUUGAAGACAUUUAUUUUAAAGCUGGAUAACGUUCGAGUAGCUAAACUCCACCGACGUAUCUCUGAUCCAUACCAUACAGAGGUACACAAAGAGUAUACAGGGUCUUCAGUAUACCAGCAAAAACUCUCGAAACCAGUGACAGUCUAUAUGGAGGAAAAUAUGGUUAAUCAUAUUGAAGCUGAGCAGACGGAUCCCACUUGGUCAGUGAAUGUGAAGAAGUCAAUUUUGAGUAUAAUCCAGACGAAACUAGUCCCGAAGAAUCCGGAUGUGUCCCCCUUUGAAAAGGAUGUCCCGUUGACAGACAACGACGCUACAAUCUACAAAGUGUACGAAAAUGGUAUUGGUGGGAAUUGUGAAACGUGGUACCAAAUCCAGUCUAUUCAAUCUCCUGACUUCCCCAGUUACGGUCCUGUUUUGAACAUCACAAAGACAAGAGACUAUAAACACUGUAUCCAUAGGCCUGCGUAUGUUCAUCAUAAUCAUGAUAUUCGUGGAUGUGCAUGGGUUUGUUCUCAUAGCCCAAAUAUGAUCCCUCUUCACACACAUUCUAAUUAUCUUCAUCACCCAUUUUCGGAAUGUAUAGGAUGUCCAAAAGGGUAUGAAACGGACAGUAUUCUUGCCAAAUCAUAUUCUCACACGAAGUACAAUGUUAGUGGUACAUUGAACAACAUGACGAUUGAGCAGAUUUACAGUUAUGGGAAGACUGUAUAUCCUGCCUACGGCGACGAACUUGAGGUCAUCUCUCACCAAAACCUGACAUUUAGAUCUGUUACCCCAUCACAAUAUGGAGAGUCGGAAUACAGAUCGUCUCAGCCAAUCAGACACUCUAAUCUUACAUUCCAGUUGCCUCAGCCAAUUGUAUCUGAUCCUACUGAUAGCGUUGAACCCUCUAUGUGGACUGACAGAGUCUCAAGAUACACAAAGUCGGAUUUGUUCGUGACAAAAGAAAACGAAAUAAGAACAAAUUCGUCGUUGGACAUCUCUUUUAUGUCUAUCUUUAACCCUAUCUACCCAAGUGAGGUGAAAAAUACAAUCAUACAAAUCUUGGAAAGUCUUGCCGAUGAUAUCUCUCAAGAGGAUCUAUAUAAUUCUGAAAGCAUUUCAUACAAGAUUAUUGGUUUGAUUAAUGCUCUAUCUGUCAUGUCAUCCCACUAUAUGAAGGCCCUGGUUAAAGAAGUCAUUUCAGCGACAGCCGAUAGACGACAAUAUGAGAAACAUCAAAUUAUGAGGAAACUGUUACUCGAUGCUCUUCCUCAGAGUGGUUGUAACCCUGCUGUUCACAUCAUCGUCUACUUGAUUGAACAUAAAUUAGUCAGUGUGAACGAGGCUCGCGAACUUGUGGAAGGAAUUCCCCAUAAUUUGGUUGAUCCAUCUGAAUAUACAAUUAAUGAAAUGUUUGAACUGAUUCAAAAUCCAGAAGUUCAGGCCCAUCGCACGCUCUUUUCCUCGGCAUCCAUUGCUUUUGGAAAAAUGGUUCAUCGGGCAUGUUUAACUCCUAAGAUAAGAUCUCCAAGUUCUCCGUACAGUAAGAGGCAUGGGUAUUCUGUUCCUGUAACGAGCUCCUUCUUUGGGUUUGACCAAGAACAAGGCCACAUCAGAACUCCGUUUCAUCCUGCCGUUUGUGGUCCUGAACAUGCCAAACAUUACAUUGAGAAAGUAGCUGAUCUUCUAGAAUCUGCAGGAGAGUUUUACAAAAAGAUAGCCUACAUAGAGCUUUUGUCUCACAUCGGUCAUCCUAAUGUUCUGUCCUACCUGAAACCAUAUGUCAUCUAUAAGUCUCCAAGCUGCCAAUCUUUACACAUUGAUGAAUCAGCCCCUGAAAACAGUUGCACUUUUCUCCGCCAGGUGGCCAUUUACGCACUCCACCAUAUCGUCUAUACACACCCUCAAGAG